AUGCACAUAAGAGAAGGAACUGUUGAACUAAAGUUUAGAGACACAAUGGAUUAUGGAAUUUAUGCCUUAACAUCUGGUUACGUGAAAGAAGGUGCCCUAGAAGCAACUCGUCUUGCGAUAGUCAGAGCUGCCAAAACUAAAGAUAUUAUUCAGAUUACUGCUGAUACUCCUAUUACCAAAAAGCCUGAGGGAAUUCGUAUGGGUAAAGGAAAGGGCAAAACUGCCUAUCAUGCAGCAAAAGUGAAGGCUGGUAGAUGGUUAUUUGAAUUUAAUUGUGAAGAUGAUAUGUUUGCAAAGGAAGCAUGGAGACAGGCCAAUUUUAAGCUGCCCCUUAGAAUAUAUUUAAGAAAAAGACCAAAGGAACCACGGAGAGUGCUGACAAUAGAAGAACUGGAACAAAUGAUUAAAGAGGAUAAGAAUAAUAAUUCCUCUUAG